CAUUGAGAAAGUCGAGUCCCGAGCAGCGCUCAGUAUUCUGGAAUGUCAUGUGACUAGGGGUAUUCCUGCUGGAGCAACAGCUGAUCGAUCGGCCAAAUCCGCGUAGAUCUUGAACGCCAAACUGAUCUAGAUCGCAAGCAUUUCCAUACGCGCAGUUCUUGCAGAAACGCCUUUUUUCCAUCAAUAUCUGCUUGAUCCAGAUGAUAUGCGUCACUAGCCCAUACUGUACCGAACUCGAUUAUCUGGAUAAGUAGAGAACGAGCCUUGUUUAUCUGCUGCAAUGGACGAUGCAGAGGUUGAUCAUACUAAACCAAUCCCGGCCUACUACUGCUGUUAUCUGCUGCGCUCAACCAAAAAGCACACUUCCCUGUAUAUUGGCUCCACUCCACAUCCUGCCAGGCGACUUGCGCAGCACAAUGGAGAUUCCAAAGGUGGCGCUCGCAAAACAGCCAAGGACGACAAAAGACCGUGGGAAAUGGUCUUGCUCGUCGAGGGCUUUACGAGCCGCGUUGCUGCGUUGCAGUUCGAGUGGGCGUGGCAGAACCCAAAGAUGUCUUCGCAGCACCCGGCGAAUCGCCACCAGAUCGACUUAGAGACUGGCGAAGCGACAGGCACCUCAGGGAUUCAGCCUAGUACCGAAACCAGCAAGGCUAAGCAUCGAGGUCGUGGUUCCCGGAGAUCCUUGAAGGCCCAUUUAGAAGAUCUGCAUCUUUUCUUACGUUCGACCUAUUUUUCGAAAUGGCCGCUAAGAUUACGAUUCUUCAGCAGAGACGUCUACCAGCUGUGGACGACAUGGUGCGACCGCGUUGAUACCUUGCUUCCCGAUCAUGUCCGGACCAUUCUGGAUGGGGACUGUCCUAAGGACCAUCUGUCAUGGACCGACGAGCCGAGAGUCCGAAGCGUUGAACAUAUCAAGGUCGACUACAGUCAUAUCUAUGACUACGUAGAGAAGUCCCAUUUCUUGCUGGAUGAUCCCAGCGAUUUGCGUUGCAAUUUAUGCCAUGAAAAGGUUGUUCCCAAUGAAGAACUAGCUGUAGUUUGCCCCCGGGCAAGCUGCUACUGCAUCAGCCAUCUAUUAUGUCUGUCGGCCAGAUUUCUGGAGCACGCCGAGGAGCCCGAGCAGCUCGUUCCGAUUGAUGGAAAAUGUCCUCUAUGUAAUCAGGUCAUCCAAUGGUCGACAAUGAUGCGGGAACUGAGCCUUAGAACUCGAGGACCAAAUGAGUCACGUGCCAUUUUGCGAAAGGCAAAACGAGGCCGUGCAAAGGCGCCUGAUCCUAUCCAUGAAACAAAAGCCAUUGAUAAAGUAGCCAGCGCCUCCGAAAACCCAGGCAGCCGAGCUGCAUGCGUCGAGAGUGCGUCAGUUGGCGUCAGCGACGGUCUCAAUGUGGACCAUCAUGACGACGCUAGUUUGGAUGAAAAUUGGGCGGAGUCGUUAGACCUGGAUCCGAAUUUCGAUGAACUCUUGAACCGCCCAAAGGACCAUAAUAUGGAGUCGUCUAGGGUGGAGAUCAUCAUAGACGACAGUGACUGCGAAGACAUGGAGGAGCUGGGAUGAUUCUCUUAUUUGCUUCGCAGCGUUUCUCGCUAUUCCUCCUUGGGAGGAAGUUAAGCUGCAAUUGACACGAAUCGUUUCAAUGGCCCAAUGGCGUCCAAGCGAGCUAUGCAGUCCAUCACGCUCUUCUCGAUGUCUACCGAAACAGCUUCAAAUGACCUGCCAGCAUCGAUCACGCGAAUGUCGCCGCUGCGUUGGACACGGAAGAUGGUUUGGAACAGUUCCCGCACCCGGGUUUGCAUGGUCUCAUUCUCAUAGCGUUCUGCACCGAAGCCACC